CGGAGAGGCAAAACGUCGAACACAUGGCGCGCGCCAUCCUCCGCCGCGCGCUCUCUCUCUCCGCCGCCGCGGCCGCCUCCGCCCACGCAACCCCCCGGGUCGCCGCUGCUUUCGCUUCCACAUCCUCCUCGGCCACCGUCGUUUCGCUGCGCUCACCCCUCGACGACCGCCUUCACCGCCUCCUCCGCUCCGAGAUCACCUACAUCGCAGAGCGCCGCCCUCCCUACCCGCCGCCGACGAGCUUCAAGUCCUUCGCCGUGGAGGACCGCCCGGGGGAGCAGUGGGUGCGCCUCCGCGCCGCGCGCCGCGGCCCCGAAGCCGAGGAGGUGAAGGUCGAGGCCACCAUGUUCGACGGCGCCGCGGAGCCGCUCCCUGAGGACGCGCCCCUCUUCCACCGCGUGGAGUCGCUCGAGCGCGGCCGGCGCCUCCAUCUCAGCCUCAUCGUCGAGGUCACCCGGGCCGACCGCGUCCUCGGCUUCAUCUGCUCCGCCUGGCCCGACGAGCUCGCCGUCCGCCACGUUCUCACCCUCAGGGCUGGCGGCGGCGCCGCCAGCAGUGAUGGUGCGCGUGGUGGACGCAAUUUCGAGAAGCUGGGUGCUGGGGAGAGGGAAGCGGUGACUAGGUUCUUGAAGGAGAGGGAGGUGGACGGGGAGCUCGCUGAAUUCUUGCACGACUACAUGGCGAACAAGGAGAAGAUGGAGCUGCUCCGAUGGUUGAAGACUGUCGAAUCAUUCCUUGACAAGUAGGAUAAGGACGCGCACCACAGGUCUUGCUGGUGUUGAUACGAUUAUACCUAUGGUCAGGUCUGAGGUCCUGUUUUGGAAACUCAAGUUUAAUUUUUGGUUUCAACCUCUGGUGCAUUUAAUUUAAUUUCUGAGAAAAAUGGUGCAAAUGGGGAUAAUACAACCAAGCAAUAUGCACCCAUUUACUCUCUGAAAAUUUACAGUUGGUUACCAUGGUUAAGCUGUAGUGAACUUGUGUUAACCCACAACCGUUUAAGUCUUAGAAACAUUUUUCUGUGUUGCUUCUCUCUGGGAAAUCUUCAACUUUCAUUACCAGAAUGAGGAAUUGAUACAACUGUAUACCUGAUUACCUGUUUUCUGUUUGGAAUCAAUAACUGUUCUAAUCAACAAUGUCUCUUAAUUUUUUUUGAAAGAAACAGCGAGGGAAAACCCCACUGUCGUAUACAUAUUAAUAGGAGAAAACAAAAUAAACACUGUACAGAGCCCGAGAAGGGCAACAACAGCACAAGAGUGCCCCCACCGAAGAGAAAACUGAAAAGAAAAGAAAAAACUAUACAUUAAUUAUACAGAGUUUACCCAAUCUAAAAAGGCUUGUUUGUUGCAUCCUUUAAUCUGUGUGCUUGAAAAAACAAUGUCUCUUAAUCAUUGACUGAUGCCCCUAAAUCUCUGAACAUGAUUCCAU